AGGAGGAGUUUCUGGGGUGAAGUGACGUCAUCAUCCCACAAUGCACCGCUGUGGGACAAUUGGGGGGCUCAUUUCAAACUCUCCCUCUGGCUCGUGACUGGCUGCCGGUGCUUCCAGUUUAGCUUCUGUUGUGGUGCCCUUUCAUCUGGCAGCAGAGAUAAAAAUAAAGUUUUGCCACUUUUCCCCGUCAUCCGGCUCUAAGAAAAUUUCUCCCUCUUCGCAAUAUUCCGGACUGCUGUGAGAAAAUCUGACGAGCUCUACCGCAAACAUGAUGAUUGAGCGCCGGCCAACCUGAGUGAGGAUGCAGGCCGGUUGAGGGGCGCCCCAUCGGCCGCAGGAGGGCCGCUCUCCCGGGGAGGGCCCGCGCCCCGGCAGCCGUGAACCGAACCUGGACCGCGUUCCCCCCCGGCGGAGGAGGGGCGGGCCCCCGCGAGCCACCCCCCGCCCUGGAGGAGCCGCCCGGCUGGAAGGGAGGGCCCCCCGUCCACCACCACCACCACCACGGGCCGCCCAUGCCGCCCCACCACCCGCCGCAGGGGGCGCCACCGCCGCCGCCCCACCCCGCCGCCAUGCCGCCCCACACCAUGCCAGACGGAAGGCCGCUGGAACACGGGAGGCAUACUCCGUAUUUCGGACAGCCGGAUUACCGGAUUUAUGAAAUGAACAAACGUCUUCAGCAAAGAACUGAGGAUAGUGAUAAUUUAUGGUGGGAUGCAUUUGCUACAGAGUUCUUUGAAGACGAUGCCACAUUAACGUUAACAUUUUGUUUAGAAGAUGGUCCAAAAAGAUAUACCAUUGGACGAACGCUCAUUCCCCGGUAUUUCAGGAGUAUAUUUGAAGGCGAUGUCACAGAUUUGUAUUUUAGUCUGAAGCAUCCGAAAGAAUCUUUUCAUACCACCACUAUAACCUUAGACUGUGAUCAAUGCACAAUGGUAGCUCAUCAUGGGAAACCCAUGUACAAUAAAAUUAUGGGAGGGCAAUAUCCAAAUGAACUUAUGAAAGAGCAGCUUGCCAAAGAUAAUGCUGUAGUGGUGUGCACGGAAGGAAGGCUAAUAUUGGAGUUCACAUUUGAUGAUUUGAUGCGCAUUAAAUCAUGGCAUUUCGCUACCAGGCAGCAUCGAGAAUUGGUGCCCCGUAGCUUAAUUGCAUUGCAGGUAACACAGGCUCAACAACAAGAUCCAGCAAUGCUCGAACAAUUAUCCAAAAAUAUCACUAGGCAAGGGCUCACAAAUUCUACACUCAAUUAUCUCAGGUUAUGUGUAAUUUUAGAACCCAUGCAAGAGCUUAUGUCCAGGCAUAAGGCUUAUGCCCUUAGUCCAAGGGACUGUCUCAAAACUACUUUGUUUCAGAAAUGGCAGAGAAUGGUAGCUCCACCUGGUGCUUCUCAUCGUGGUGGGCCGAAUGACUUUAAAAUGCAGCAGGAUGUAGAAACACAACGUCCACCUAGUAAAAGAAGGAAGCGGAAGUCAUCUGCCACCAAUAAUGUAAAUAAUGCAGGCACUGGGACGGGAAAAAAGAAGAAUAAUAUGUCACCUGGUCCUCCUAAUUUUUCUCUUGCAUCACAGGAUGUGAUGGUUGUUGGAGAACCCUCUUUGAUGGGAGGAGAGUUUGGGGAUGAAGAUGAACGUCUCAUCACGCGACUGGAGAACACUCAGUAUGAUUCAUCAGCUGCAGCUGCUAAUGGACUGGAGGAUGGGGAUGACUUUUCCGGCAAUCCCUCUGGGCCCAACCCAGGCAGGGGCCCGCCCCCUUCUUCCUGGACAGGGGGAGCCCCUUCCCAACCAUCGGACAGGAAUCAGACAGGUGGCCCGGGAUCGGUACCUCAGCAGCAAAGUCAAGAAGACAAAAAACCAUCUCCAGCAAUAAGCCAAUAAAUACGUCGCACAAGCGACUUGGAUUUGGACAUGAAUCCUUUGUCGCCCGGUGGUAUUUAGCAGCUCUUCCACAGAACCUGAUAAACUGUUUUCAUGACAUUUAUGUGUGUUCUUCAGGAACAUGUAGUAUAGUGACAACAUUAGAUGUUGUAUCCUCUCCCCGAUAGUGGACUCCUGUACAAAUGCAGACAAUUCAAGUGCAUUGUGUUUGUUGUUUUUAAAGCAAUUUUACUCCUGUUAGCAGGAUUUUGUUUCAACUGGUGACAAGAUUUUAUAUUGUGGGUGAUUUUAUUUUAACUGCAAAAUUAAAGGGUGUUUUUGGAAUUUGCAAUGUUAUUGCAUUUAAUCAAACAUGUUGGAUGAUCAUUGUACAUUUCCAUUACAAACUUCAUUACGACAGCAGAAGUACUUAAAAACUUUUUUGUAUUUAGUUGAUGGUUUUAAGUCAAAUUUUUUUUUCUACCUAUUCUUAGAUUUUCAUAACAUUUUAAAAGUGAGGCCUUGAUUUAAGAAUGAUUUUUAUCAGUUUCCCUGUACAUAAGCAUUUUAAAUGUAAAGCAUCCUUUAAUAUUGCUCUUCAACCAUGUUGUAUUUUAUACACAAAAUUUAAUCAUUAGACCAAACUUCAAUGUGUUGUGUAUUUAUAAAUGGCUUUUGUGGUAUGUAAAACGAUGUAGUAAAUUGUCUUCAAAUAAAAUUAUUUUGA